CUGGGCGCAGGGAAACUGCAACCGCCGCGCCAAGCAUCUUCCAGGGAUGGCCUCUGCUGAGAAGUUGUGCUCCAGUUUCUACCAGCAGCACUGCGCAUAAGGAACAAAAUAAACACUGCUGCCAAGAGAGAGAGACACACACCACAAUGUACAGUGUGGAGGACCUCCUCAUUUCUCACGGAUACAAUCUGCCCAAGACAAGCAUCCCCUGCCCCUCUUCAACUUCAUCCGUCACCGCGCCUUACGAGAAGCAGCGCCACGCCGCCGUCGCUUGCCACCGUGAAAUCCCAGCAGCAGAGAACCAGAGGUCUGGUCGUGGUGGAUCACUGAACGGGUAUGAACAGGCGGGAGACAGGGGGGCUUGCAUCUUCAGCAGCAGCAGGCAGGCACUACUGGCGAAGGGCUACCCCGGCAGCUGCGACAAUGAGAGCUGCGGGGAAAGGAACCAAAGGCGAAAAGAAGCUGGCAGCGGUAACCUAGGUGACAGCCUAGCACAGCCCCUGGGCGAUUCUCUCGCCACGGAUAGCGGGUUCUACGACGUGCCCAGCUUAACCUAUUCUGAGCAGAUCGAGAGAAGAGAGCAGCUGGAGGAGAGGGAUGUGUCCUACUGGAGGAGGAGAGGUCAGGACUUCAGCUUCCUCCUGGAUUACACAGACGGCCGGGAGCUGAGAGCGUCCACUGGAUUUCUGAAGGCCUCUGAGGGGGCAUGGCGACCACAGGCCCUGAUCGCAGAGGACCAUUGGGGAGAGAGGGAGAAGACGCAGAAGCAGCAGAAGCAGCUAUGGGAAGACACCUCCAUCUCCUGGCUAAGAGAGGCCGAUGCGGCUCCUGGACAGUUGAGGGUAAUGACUGGGGUGACUGGGGAGCGGAAGUGCCAGAGCCUGGGCACAGAGGAGUGGAAGCCUGCGGUGGGGCUGGGGAGGCAGCUGUCGGAUGGUGAGGGCGAGAGGUGGGCUCAGGAGCAGCAGCACCGCCUGAGGACUCCAGAGAGCGCUGGUUCUAUCCUCCCCAGAACCAGAGGGAUGUCCCAGUCCCUCCCCAGAGUGCUGUCGCCUGAUGGAACUACUGAACACACAAACACACAGUCCAGUUUGGUCAGUAUCCAGCUUCGACCAGGCCAGGUUGAUAGACAGCGCGUGAACAGCACCGUCUUUUCCGGGCCUUAUAGUCGGUAUUACCACAGUGCCGCAGUCGGCAGGGACCGGUGGGCCAGGAACAGUUGGCAAAGCGUCGGACAUGUUGCACUUUUACCAAAGCCCAGGUUCAGCAGGCCUGUCAAGCCUCCAUCAUACGAAAUACACCAGCAGACUAGGGGUAGCCAAGAGAUGCUCGCUGUAGCUGUACUAGACCAGCAGGGAGGGUCCAAACAACAGAAAGACAACAGGCCUAUCUAUUACCCAAGGGGUGGAGAAUUGCAAAGACAAGACUAUUUCGCACAACACUCUGCUAUCUUUGGUAUGGAGCCCCCCGGUUAUAUCCCGCCCCCGUCUUAUAAGAGAGCCCUGCCCCCAAUCAGGGGAGGACCAAUCAACCGCAACGAAGUGGCAAACUAUAAGUGGAGUGGGGAGAUGCAGAUACAGAUGCACAUGCCUAUGAGCUCAGAGGCGGGAAAGUGGUUUUCCGGACAGACUGGAGGGUCGUGGCUGGAACACUACGGGGAUCGAGGUAUACCCUACAGAAAACAGGUUAACGCUAACCCGAACCUUAACCCUGGACACACCAAGGAACAUCUGGGGCAUGUUCACCAUUUACCCUUUGAUGAUCUGCGAGUGAGACAUAUCUCAGGAGGGUCUGGCGGAAAUUCUCUCACUGACACUGACAAGUUGAUCCGAAACAUGAACAAAGAGACUCCCUGCGCUAAGGUUUUAGGACAAUCUACACAUGAUAGUGCCUUUUCCCCCCCACAGGGGCUAUCUCUCAAUACAGACUGCCGCAAGACAUCUCUCAAUAACAACGACAGUAGUAGUACUAGAUGGUGCAACAGGGGUUUAAUAAACAAAGGAAGUGUAGACCAUGUAGCUCCUGAUCAGAGCUGUGGUAACUAUCCAAUAGCUUUUCAGAUUAGACCGCCUCAGCAGCUGAUCAGGCAUGUGGACCAAGGUCAAGGUGUGUCAGAAACUGUGACUCAAGUGAAAAAGUCAGUCAAUGAGCCUGACUCCACAAAGAAAGAGAAACCAAGAAAGACUGACUCAGAGAAAACAGAAAAAACAGAGAAAAAGAGUGUAAAAAAGAAACUUAGUGAGACAAUAUUCUGUUUGGUGUCUGUUCCCAUCCCUCCAACGCCGGGCGGUACGUCCCGUGAUCAAAACAACAACAACGACGAGAAGCCACCAAGCCCAGUCCGGCCAUCAAGCCCAGUGGACAGUCUCAGUGAGAACAAAACAGGCCACUUAACAAACCAAAGUCUCCAAAGCACAUCUUCAGCAGAGGCUGAGCUGCAAGCACUAACCGGUAGCAUAGCGAGCAGCAGAUCAAGCAGCAAAAUAGUGAGAAAACUCCCUAUUAAGCCCCCCAAAAUAAACCAUCACAAGGAGCUGAAACUCUCGGGUGCCUGGCCUGGGAACCAAUACCGGGACCAGGAGACCCAAACUAGCCCAGAAGCCCGAAAACCUCAGCCUCCCCUUCUUCCAGGCCCUGAAAACAAGGAAGCACAAGACCCUCAAGUCCCUGCCCCAGGCUCCUCUGACGUCAUCACCCCAGAUCCCAGCGGUGUGGGCAGUACUGCAUUCAGCUAUCCUAUAAAAGGGGUGAAGAGCCUGAAACCAUCCAGCAACAGCGCCUUUUCCAGGAUGGCUACUUUCUCAAUUUCCAGCCAGCUGAACAAGAGCACAGCUCAGCCACCAGCAGCAGCAGCACCACCACCACCCUCAGGAAACACGACGGAGGAGGCCAAACCAGCAGCGACCUGCAGUGGGCAGGAAGCCUUCGGUCAGUUCCUUCUGAAGCCUGUCAGCAGGCGGCCAUGGGACGCCAUCGAGGAGCUGGAGACUAUCAACAAAGAGUUCCAGGAUCAGCAGCAGAACAGCAAGAGACCCAGUGUUGACCAGUGCAUUAAGGACCUCAACGAGGCCUACAAAGACAUCCUAGAGCUAGGCACUGCCAGCAAUAACAUUUCCAACAAUAGCGGCGCUGUGCAGAUCCCUGAGCGGAUCAAGAUAAGGCUGGCACGGGAGGCGGGGCUCAGCAAGCCCAGCAGCCUUAGGCACAGUAUCGAGAGCUGGUCUGUGUCUGUCGACCCGGAGUACAGGGAGGUUAAGAGCGCCUUCUCCAGACCCGCUGAAAGAAAAUCUGUGACUUUCAGCAAGCAGCUAAGAGAAGAGCUCCCUGUCCCACCACGCAAGCCUACAGGAUUCAGAGAAUACAGGGUUGUUUCGAACUUGUCGCAGAGGAGAAGUAGCUGCAGUGGCAGGACAGUGAAGCUAGACCUCCCUUCGCCUUCGGAGACACCACCACCAUGUGACUUCACUGGCCCUAGUGACUUUACUGACUCUCCUAGUGAUCCCAGCGAGACCAGAGACUUCAGCCCAAUGACGCCAACAACGCACACUGCAGCCGAAGUCCCCUGGGCAGAUAGGCAGCCGAUGCAGGACGCCUCUACACUUACGAGUCCCCCUGACUAUGAGGACAUAUGUCAGUCUUUACAAAAGACCCGAGACUCAGAGGUUAACAAAACGUUGACUGCCAUAUCUAAACCUGGUGGUGGUAGCUGCGAUACAGAGCCUCCAGGGGGUGCCUGUUUAGACUCUGUAGAGGAAUGCCCCAUUUGUAAAAAAGAGAGCGAGAGCCAGAUUUCCAGACCAAGUCCAAUGUCUCCGCUCCAUGAGGAGUCAAGCCCAGACUUAUCCGAUCAAAGUAGUGCGACGAUUGUUGGCGACAGUGACAGUCCACAAGAAGCUGAAACAUCUGAAGAACCAGCUGAAGGCGAAGGAGACACAAAGGUUUCCUCUGGCUCAAAUCGUUCAGAGGCUCAGACUAUAUGUUGCGAUUGGAGGAAGCAGCUGUCACUCAUAGAUAAGAACGUGCAGGGGAGUGUCGCUGCUGAGAAGACCAACCAAGCUCUGGCAGCGGCAGAGGACCUUGGCAAUCUAUUCAAACUUAAAUGUGCUGAGGGCAUUCCAGAGAACGAGUCCAUAGAGGAGAGGGCAGCCAGGAUAUUAGGGAUUGAUAUACCUGCAGAGUCUUUAGUCACAGGGGAGCAGAGGGUUAGCGAGACGGCAACAGAGGAGAUUGAAUUUACAGAGAGUAAACUCGCUGCUAGAGAAGAUCCAGAAAGCAGUAGUGCAAACGAACAGACAGUACAAACGCAUGUGAGUGAUCCAGAUUCUGAGGAACUGGACUCUGGAACGGUAUCUACAGUUCCUCCUGAUGGGCAGGAGGCAAAAGAAAAGGAGGCAAAAGAAAAGGAGCCACCACAGGAUAACCCAGAGCACAUCAGGAGUGUGAAAUGGACCCAUCUGGGUCGAGAAACUCCAGGUAUGCAGGAGUUUCCACCAGACAGACUACCGCUUUCGGUCCCCAUCAACCCUGACCUUAAGCUGUCCCACAGUCUGGAGGGAGAAAGGAGGUGCAGAGGACCCUCACAGCGCAUAGAGGCCCUGCAGGACAAGCUGGCUGCCUCACCCAGCCACCGGGUGGCGGUAGAGUGCCUGGCACGGAUGAAGGAGGUGGACUCAGUGUCGCGCAUGAGAUGCCUCAGCAUCAGGAGCACAGACUCUGGGGAGGGGGAGGCAGAGACGGAGACGGAGGCCAAGCGUGGCGGUGGGCAAGUGGACGUGCUCACCCUACCUGCUUCCUACCAGAGUGAUACAGUGAAAGAUAGAGAGGCCUCUGAAGAUACAGUGUUGCAAGAUGAGGUGUCAUCUCUCUCAGAGGCCUACGACCCAAGCCGAGUGGAGAAAGUGUAGAGAGACUGAGACGCCCGUCAUCUUUCUCCAUCAGAGGUUUAGCUCCCUCCAACACUGUGACCUGGCUGCCCACUAGAAUGCCUUCAUCUCAUCCCAACACAGAAAUGGCCUUCUUCUCCGACAAGAGCAUUGUGUACCCCCUCACCCUCGGCAUCGCUGAGUACUAAGAGUACCAAGUGUUCCACUGCCAAAAGGGAGGUGUUCCCCCACCUAGGGGCAGCUUCCAACUAACCCCCCUCCUCCCCUUCACCUCUCCUCAACCCAUCCUCUACUUGGAUGCGGCCCAAAUGCCACCCUACUUCCUAUGUAGUGCACGACUUUUGACCAGGGCCCUUUUUGACCAGAGCCCAGAAAGUAGUGCACUACAUAGGGAAUAGGGUGCCAUUUCGGACUGAAUUCCUAGUUUUCUUGUAGCGGCUUGUCCUUUCUCCUUUCUUAUUCUACGUUCCCAGAUGCUUUUCAUUGGUAGACAUUAUGCAAAAAUAAUGUCGAUAGUGAAUACAGUUAGUAGACUCUGUUCACACGCUGUAUGAUUCUGUUUGUUUAUGGGCGAGUUGUUUAGAUAUAAAUGUAAGUACUUAUGUUUUACACAACAAGUAGCAACAACAUAGGGAGAAUAUUUGCAUCAUCAAAGCUGUUCUGUUACAAUCAGAGUCGAUUACACCAAAAUAGUUACAUUUUAUUGUUAUUAUGGAGAGUUGAGAAUAAAUAUAUUAUAUUGGACAUCAAUGUCUUUGGCUCGAGAACUGUUUUCAUUUUCAGAUUAAUAGAUCAAUCAAUCAGUCUAUUAUUAUUUUGAUACACUGUGGCCUGUCCGUCUCGUCGCUUUCCCGCACACUGAAAUCAUAACCCAUAAAGCUCUUCUAUGAAGAGUCACUCUAUACCUACCUAUGUGGCAUAAUGGUAAAUCAGUGAUAUGUAUUCUGAGGCAUUGGUUCUACAUUAUGGGGGGAAGGGAGUUGCCUAGCCUGAGUGUCAGUCUGUUUGUGCUAUCAUGUCAACUCCUUGUCACUCAUUGGGUUGCAGGGUUGGGGUCAAUUCCAUUUAAA